AUGGACAAUCAAGAUUCAUGGCAAGUAUCUUUCGACGACGUGGAAGUCCUUGAAACGACAAAUGAUUACCCAUAUACGCAGAUUCGUGGUUAUGAGCCUGGAGAAGAGCCCGAAAAUGCUCAAGAAUGGUUGUCGUUCGAUGAAUCUGCAACCACGAUGCCAUCUUAUGGACGUACAAAUGACCGUACAACUAUGUCUGCUGCAUCGAAUCUUGAGCAACUUGCGCCUUCACCAUAUCCUGGGCAAAGUCCAUAUCCGGAAACGCUCAUAACGCAUGGGACUAAUGAAAUUCAAAGACCAUCGUACAACCAAGAAGAGGCUAACGAGACCUCGACGGUUCCGGACGGAAGUUUUAACUCUUUGACUCAAUAUCCAGUCUCACAAGAAUUUAACACGUCCAAAGACGAAGUAGAAUCCACUGAUAUUGCUUCUAUAUUUGCUGGAUAUGGAGAAUUGGCGCCAGAAAUGACACUCGGUGCACCUGCGAUUCGCCAACUGUCUACAUCCGGCUUAAACAUGCAUCAUAAGGAGGGCAUCGCUGGCUCUUUCCCUAACUCCUCCUGUAGAAAACGUAAAGCCUCGCAAGAGCUGGAAAACCCUCUCAAAUCACAGAAACAGCGGACCACUAGUCCAGAAAUAGAGCCACUUAGCGGCCGCGUCAUCAAUUCUGCAGAAACACCUGCAAAGCUUUUCAUUGAACCAUGUCCGUAUAGAAAUGUAGCGGAGGCCCUGGCAGCUUUAAGGCGUCAGCAAUGGCACGGUAUACCUACCGCGUUUACAGAUGACGAUCUAAAUAGCAUGGCAGAUCGCUUUUAUCGGGCGUCUGCAGACUGUAGUGGCUUUUUAGACAAGGUUAAGAAUCCCGGCGCGCAGAGACCGUCCGUGAAAACUGGUAUUAGACUUGUUGAUGGAGAUAUUGACUACAGAAAACUGUGGGAAGCAUGUUUUAAUCUCGCUGAUGCUGUACGAAGGUUGCACAACGAAAACGAGGGAACGUGGCUUGACGGUCGAAUCGACCCAACCACUUUGCGCGGUAACAGGCCGGAACGUGAUUGGACUGCUGCAGAGCGAGAAGAUCUUAUUUGUGAAGCUCUUAGGAAAUGUAAAAAACUGGUAGAAGAUGCGGUUGAUCAGCCCGAGAAUCUUGAGCAUCUUCUAGUCCUGGCGCCUCGACAUGCACUUAAGUCACGACUUGGAAAUAUGAAGCUCAAUGAUAAUAAGGCGAGAAACCUAAAGAAUAAAGGACUUCUUGAUGAUGGUGACGAUCAAGACGCCGCACGAUCGACGUCUAGGAGGCCACAGCAAAACAAAGACAGCGAAACUUCCGGGAGAAAAAGCACUGCGAGGGCAAAGCCGAGAUCUAAUCCAAGAUCUACCAGGAGAGUCACAGCCAGAGUGGAACGGUCCACAAAUCAUAAUGAAUACAGCUAUCUCCGCAGAAUGGAGCAAAGGCUGGGACAGCCAUUGCAGCCAUUGCAGCCAUUACAGACUGGUGCAGAGAUUCUAGAUGUGGGAGCAUCAGAACUGCCUUCAUUACCUGUGAGUGUCCCUGAUCUUGAUCCCUUCGAACAUGAUUCGAGAACAAAUAGCAACAUUGAUCCGGUCUUGCUCGAUGCAAACUAUCCGGAUUGGUUCAAUGAUAAUGCAGAUACUCGCGACUUGAGCCCAAGCAUGCAAAAUAUCUUAUCAGAGGCACCGGCUCAAGACACUUUCGCGGCAUUAAAUCCUACAAUUUAUCCUGAAGUCAACCAGUCAGAAUCAAUGUAUCCGCUGCUCUCCAGCGGAACAGAUAUGCUCGGAACAUCCGCAACAGGAGCUCUUAUGCACGAGACUAGUACCGUUCAUAACACAUCUCCUCCCAUUCCCACCGACCGAAACACUGCCUCUAUGAACCAGGAAAGACAGCAGCGGAACCAUAGAGCAUACCAUGACUUAUAUUUUAAUGAUGUAAACAGCAUACUCGAGGGUGGAAUUGAAGAUAAGAGUAAAGGCUAUGACAUUGGAAACGAGUUUCUAAGUGAUUGACGUCCAAG